CGGAAGUGAAGGCACGGCUUGGCGAGCCGUCUAGGAAGCCGCGCCGGGUCGGCCAAGCGGGAGCAGUCGGAGCCCCGCCAGAGCGUCGCGGUUCCGUCUCGGGUGCCGGCGCGAUGCCUCUGUUCACUGCCAACCCGUUCGAGCAAGACGUGGAAAAAGCUACAAAUGAGUACAACACUGCAGAGGACUGGAGUCUGAUUAUGGACAUCUGUGACAGGGUUGGAAGCACCCCCAAUGGUGCAAAAGAUUGCCUGAAAGCCAUAAUGAAAAGGGUAAACCAUAAGGUCCCUCAUGUUGCUCUGCAGGCGUUAACUCUUCUUGGAGCUUGUGUGGCAAACUGUGGAAAGAUAUUUCACUUAGAAGUAUGUUCCCGUGAUUUUGCAACGGAAGUACGUGCUGUGAUAAAAAAUAAGGCUCAUCCUAAAGUAUGUGAAAAACUAAAAUCUCUAAUGGUGGAAUGGUCAGAAGAAUUCCAGAAGGACCCCCAGUUCAGUCUCAUAUCUGCAACUAUUAAAGCUAUGAAAGAAGAAGGAGUUACAUUUCCUUCAGCAGGUUCCCAGACUGCCUCGGCUGCUGCCAAAAAUGGUACAUCAUUGAACAAAAACAAAGAGGAUGAGGACAUAGCUAAAGCUAUCGAAUUAUCAUUGCAAGAGCAGAAGCAGCAGUGUACAGAGACAAGAGCUUUGUACCCACCUUCAGAGAGUCAGUUAAAUAACAAGACCACACGGAGGGUCAGAGCUUUGUACGACUUUGAAGCUGUGGAGGACAACGAACUCACCUUUAAACAUGGUGAAAUUAUUGUUGUUUUGGAUGACAGUGAUGCCAACUGGUGGAAAGGGGAGAGUCACAGAGGAGUGGGUCUCUUCCCCUCUAACUUCGUAACAGCCAACCUAGACGUGGAAGCUGACGCAGCAACGGUGGACAAAUUGAAUGUAAUUGAUGAUGAUGUGGAGGAGAUUAAGAAAUCAGAGCCUGAGCCUGUUUAUAUAGAUGAGGAUAAAAUGGAUAGAGCCCUGCGGGUUCUUCAGAGCAUAGACCCAAAAGACUCAAAACCCGACUCCCAAGACCUCUUGGAUUUAGAAGAUGUUUGCCAACAGAUGGGUCCAAUGAUAGAUGAAAAACUUGAAGAGAUUGAUAGGAGGCACUCAGAGCUGUCGGAGUUGAAUGUGAAGGUGUUGGAAGCUCUGGACCUGUAUAACAAGCUGCUGAAUGAAGGGCCUGUGUAUUCAGUCUAUUCAAAGCUCCACCCAGCACAGCACUCAGCACAGUACUCAGCUACCUCGGCGGGAGUCCCAGGGCAGACAUACCCAGUCCAGUCGCAUGGUGGGCACUACCUGGGUCCUAGCAUUCAUCAAGUAUCUGUUGCCCAGAGCUAUAACCUAGGGCCAGAUCCUAUGGGCUCGCUGAGAUCUCUGCCUCCAAAUAUGAGUUCAGUAACAGCACACAGCAUCCAAACUCCAUAUUUAAGCACUGGACAGGACACUGUUUCCCAUCCUUCUUACGUGAACCAGAGCCCUCAUCUUCAGGCAGCUGCUGGUACAGCUGCUUACACACAGCCCAUGGGCAUGUCAGCAGAUGUGUCUUCUUUCCAGAACACGGCGUCCGGUUUGCCACAGCUGGCUGGCUUUCCAGUGGCAGUUCCUGCACCUUCAGCCGCACAGCCGCAAGCAAGUUACCAUCAGCAGCCUCUCCUUUAGAGACAUGCCAGGGCCUGCUGAACAUCUUCAUAGCUGUGUCACUCAACCUAGGGGACUCUAAUCUGAAAUAUUAAAACUUUCCCCUCUCAGUCAAAAAGACCCAUGAAUAAAUAAAGCACAAAACCCCACCUCACUCUGAAGGCCAUAAAAGAUUUUUCAGUCUAGUUUGCUUGAAGCUGAUCUUUUGAUCAAAGGCAGCUUAAAGAUGUAUCCCAUUAGUUCUGUUGUACUCUCUGGGCCCUCACUGAGUAGCCUUAUGACACUACGUGGUAUGAGGUAGGAGUGUGAAGUUUUCUCUUUAAAGAAACCUUGUUUCCUCUAAGAUGUGAUUUUGAGGAGCACUAAAGACCUUUAAACAUUUUUGUCUGCACUUUUUUCUUUUUUCGAAUUUCCCACACCCUGUUAUUUUAAAAGGCGAACAUCUUUUAGUGUAAGUCUUUAGCUUGCCAGCAUAUUUCCUUUUGGCUCCUUAAAUUACAGUUGUGUUUUCAGUACUGUCAGUUUUGCUCUCAGUGUUACGCUGAGUAAUAAUUAGCAUAUAAUUGUCUAUAGAAGCCAGAGCAAUUUGGAAGGUACAAAAAUGUUUUCUGUUAUUAACAGUGAAAAUCAUGUCAAUGCAAAUAUGGCAAAACAAUUAGCCACUCCUCUGACAUCUUUGGGGAUGCCCCACCCAGUGUUAGCCUUCCCUGAGAAAAAGUGUGCUGUGUCACUUGUCCCUAGUAUUUGGAGUUAUGGCUGCUGACCUUUUCGAGGACUUUGCUGGGUGUCUAAUGAAGGUGCUGUCCUUUAGCUUUCCUUCCUGCCAUGUUCCUUCUUAGGGAUUAUUUGAGUCAGGAGACAGUCCUCAUA